AUGGUCACGUCGGAGACUCUAUACGAUUACCUCUUCAAGCUACUCCUCAUCGGCGACUCCGGUGUGGGCAAAUCAUGCUUGCUUUUGCGAUUUGCGGAUGAUACUUACACGGAGAGUUAUAUUUCGACCAUUGGUGUGGAUUUUAAAAUCCGAACAAUCGAGCUGGAUGGCAAGACAGUCAAACUUCAAAUCUGGGAUACCGCCGGCCAGGAACGCUUUCGAACCAUCACCUCUUCCUACUACCGCGGCGCACAUGGCAUCUGUGUUGUCUACGAUGUGACCGAUAUGGAUUCCUUCAACAAUGUUAAGCAAUGGCUGCAAGAGAUCGACCGCUACGCGACUGAAGGUGUGAAUAAGUUGCUUGUGGGCAAUAAGAGUGAUAUGGAGGAUAAGAAGGCGGUUGAGUAUACCGUUGCUAAAGAAUUCGCCGACAGUCUUGGAAUCCCAUUCCUCGAGACUUCUGCCAAGAGCGCGUCAAAUGUCGAGCAAGCUUUCUUGACCAUGGCUAGACAGAUCAAGGAACGUAUGGGCACGGCGACUGUCAACAACAAGCCUACUGUGCAGGUUGGGCAGGGGCAGGGCGUGCAAUCUGGCUCUGCGGGCGGAUGUUGCUAA